GGCCGAGGUGGGAGCAGUGAUGAAUGCGUGAGGAUUAUAAAGGAGAUUUACGCAGAUUUUGGUCACAGCCUGGAGCAUAGUUGGGAAACACCAAUCACGUGAACAAACACCAUCAAUGCAAUUGGAUCCGGUCGCUCCGGCUUAUUGGCUUUGACUUCCCAAAAUGCAGAAAGCAACAUACUACGAUAAUUCUGGACUUUUUGGAGGUUACACUUACCCCAAACCUGACUCAUACAACUAUGCCCCCGCUCACCAGUCAUACAACACCUCUAACAUCGAGACUGACUACCAGACCUCAGUAUGUCCCAUACAGACCUCUGCUGUCCGGCCCCCAACCCUUAAAGACAGUGACCUGAAUGGAGACUGCAUGCGCCAGAGCGGCAGCCAAAGCAGCAGUAGCAGCCAGGCUAACAGUAUUGGGGAGCAGCAGGGACCUCCACUGUCUGCAUCCUCUCCCAGCUCCAAUGGAUCUACAUCCAACAAGAAAAAGUCUCCAUCCAGCGGCGGCUCGAGCUCUGCCACACCGGCUCUCACCAAACAGAUCUUCCCCUGGAUGAAGGAAAGCCGGCAGAACGCGAAGCAGAAGGGCAACAACUGCGCGGCUGCAGGUAGAGAUCAUGAUGGAGAACCCUGUGAGUGUGGAGAAGUGAGUGAUGAGAAGAGCCCACCGGGACCAGCCUCCAAACGGGUCAGAACUGCGUACACCAGCGCACAGCUGGUGGAGCUGGAGAAGGAGUUUCACUUUAACCGCUACUUGUGUCGCCCGCGGAGAGUGGAAAUGGCCAAUCUGUUAAACCUCACCGAGCGUCAAAUAAAGAUCUGGUUUCAAAACCGGAGGAUGAAAUACAAAAAGGAUCAGAAAGCUAAGGGGCUCGCACACUCUCCCCUGGGGCACUCCCCUGAUAGGAGCCCGCCGCUGAGUGGCCCAAAUCACAUUGGAUACCCUAGCCAGCUCCAAAACAGCCUCAGCUAUGACGCACCCUCCCCCCCGUCCUUCGCCAAACCCCAGCAGAACAUGUACGGUUUGGCUGCGUAUACGGCGCCCUUGGGUGGCUGCAUCCCGCAGCAGAAAAGGUACCCGGGCUCCGAGUACGAACACCACGGCAUGCAGAGCAACGGCGGCUUUGCCAACGCAAACUUGCAAGGCAGCCCAGUUUAUGUGGGGGGGAAUUUUGUUGAUUCCAUGCCAGCCUCGGGCCCCAUGUUUAACCUGGGUCACCUUCCCCACCCCUCAUCCACCAGCGUGGACUACAGCUGUGCCGCUCAGAUCCCGGGAAACCACCACCACGGACCCUGUGAUCCCCAUCCCACGUACACAGACCUCACCUCUCACCAAGCGUCUCAGGGAAGGAUUCAGGAAGCGCCUAAACUCACACAUUUGUAAUAUGUGAUUCCUGUGAGUGUGUGUGUGUGUGUGUGUGUGUGUGUGUGCGUGCGUGCGUGCGUGCGUGUGUGCGUGUGUGCGUGUGUGUGUGUGUGUGUGUGUGUGUGUGUGCGUGUGUGCCAAAUUAUGUUGCGCUCUUUUUAUUACCUCACUAGUCUAAUAACUACACUCCAAGAGAGUUGUGUAUUAUUCCAGUAUUAUUGAUAUUACUAUUAAUGCUAUUGUGUAAUUAUUUUCUAAAUAAUACAGCUUUGUCAAUUUCUCUUGAAUAUUUGGGGACGCCCAGACUGGUUGUCAGUUACUUUUGUUUUGUUUUCUCAAGUGCAAUGCGCAGUUUUUGAUUGAAUAUUCCAUGGCGUUACUUGAAAGUAAGUCGUAGUUCACAAAAGUAGAAGCUCAUGUUUAGAAAGAAGGACUUAGGGAAAUGUUAUGUCUGUUUGUCAGGAUUUCAGUCUCCUCACGGACAUUAUUUAUUUUGUAUUAUUUUUUGCAUAAUCUUUCUUCCUAUAGCAUAUUAGCCUAUUUAUUAUUUAAUAACUUUUGUAUUGCACAUUAUUUAUCGUUUAUAUGCGAGUAUUUAUACGUUUAAGUGUGGAGUUUGUUUUUGUAAGAUUGGACACAUCAGUGCACUUGGAAGUGUUGGUAAAACAGGGUUUUUGGAAAAUGCUAUGACUCGCAGUGUAUGGUCGAAAAAAAAAGGCAUUUCUUAAUUGUAAAUCUGGCAUAAAUGGGGCAUUUGAUAGUGUAUAAACACCACUUCAUGUCCAUGUCUAUCUUGUGUCAAACCUUAAGCAGAACGUAGACUAUCGAAUUAUAAAAUAUUAUACACACCAGCAUGUCAUUUCGUGUAGUCAUUGCUUUUUUUUAUUUGUCUCUCAUUAUUAUUCCAUUCAGUUGGAUAUCCAUAAAUUUAUGAAACCCCCUGAUGAUAUUGAAAUGUUAUAUUUUAUUGUGUUUAACAUUUUGUAA